UGGUCAUCCCCUGUACUGUGUCCGCAGUCUCUGGUCAUCUCCUGUACUGUGUCUGCAGUCUCUGGUCAUCUCCUGUACUGUGUCCGCAGUCUCUGGUCAUCUCCCUGUACUGUGUCCGCAGUCUCUGGUCAUCUCCUGUACUGUGUCCGCAGUCUCUGGUCAUCCCCUGUACUGUGUCUGCAGUCUCUGGUCAUCCCCUGUACUAUGUCCGCAGUCUCUGGUCAUCUCCCUGUACUGUGUCCGCAGUCUCUGGUCAUCUCCUGUACUAUGUCUGCAGUCUCUGGUCAUCCCCUGUACUAUGUCCGCAGUCUCUGGUCAUCUCCUGUACUAUGUCCGCAGUCUCUGGUCAUCUCCUGUACUGUGUCUGCAGUCUCUGGUCAUCUCCUGUACAGUGUCCUGCAGUCUCCGGUCAUCUCCUGUACUAUGUCCGCAGUCUCUGGUCAUCUCCUGUACUAUGUCCGCAGUCUCCGGUCAUCUCCUGUACUAUGUCCGCAG